AUGUACAGACAAAUAAUUGUUUUGCUCGUUUUGGCAGUUUGCGUUUCUGCCCAACCACAGGGUUGUGCUGACGACUCUAGCAUGCAAUGCGCAGAUAAGGGAAUGUAUUGUGAUGCAGACUUUUACCAAAGAAUUGGUGAUGGUGAUAUCGCUUGUAAAUUAGCAGACAUUGGAGCUUCUUCUUUUGAGCCAACCCCUUCAUCUGUUUGCACUCCAAUCGGUAAGAUUGGUGAUGCUUGUGAUGGAUCUACUGCUUCAUGUGAUACCGGACUCCUAUGUAGAACAGCACCACAAGGUGAAGCGCCAUCUUGCCAACCAGCCUCGUACGCCACCUUGGGUGAAUCAUGCAACAGUUUCCUUGACUGUAUCAAUUAUUUGGAAUGUGAUGCAUUUGAAAAGAAAUGUGUUCCAAAAAUUUCAGAUCCAACCAUUCAAUGCUCUGUUGCUCAACAAUGCAAAUUUGGUUACUACUGCAACACCACCGAUAGCGUUUAUCGUUGUGUCCCACGUGGUGAUGUUGGGACCAAUUGUAGCAGCGCAGUACAAUGCAAUGAAAACUUGGUUUGUGAGGACAACAAUGAAGGCCAAGAAGUGUGCACUGCUCUCUACACGAAAAAGGAAGGUGACACUUGCUCAACCAACACACAAGCCUUGUACGGAACCUAUGGUCUAUACACCUCGACUUGUGACCUUGGCUCUGGCGUUGUAUGCGACAACAACAAUGACGUUUGUAUCAAGAUUCCAGAAUUGACCCCUGGAAAUUGCACUGAAAGUCCAUGUCAAGGUGGUAGUUCUUUUGAAAGAUGUAUCUGUAAUGGAGCCAACAGCACCACUGGUACCUGCGUAUCCAGUAUCGUCAGAGGUGCACAAAUCAACACCUGUGUUUCUGCCUUCCAAGCUUUUACCCAGUGUAAAAUGGAAAACAAGUGUCAAGACUUUGUCAUAGGCACUUCCUAUCCACAAACUAUCAUGCCAAACAGUUGUAUUGGCAGAAACUGUCAACACCUAUUGUGUGACGUCCAAAAACAAUGUGCCUACGUCCCUGAAAAUAGUCCCAUCGCUAUAUGUGGUGGUGACUUUUUGGCCGAAUUUUCAGUCUGCUCUUCAUUGACCAGUGACUCAUCAUCAACCAUCUCAUCAAUGGUUUUCGUCAUGAUCGCUGUUGUAUUUGCUUCAAUCCUCUUUUAA